AUGCGACUCUUCGGUAUGCCUAAAGGCUUCCCGGACACAACCGCUGCUGGGUUUCAGCGGUUUUUCUACCUGUCGCUAACAAGUUCCUUUGUGUCCAACUUCGCUUCCUCGAUCGGGUAUCAGUCGCUGCUCAGCGGCUUCUUCCUCGGUUCCUCGCCGCAGUUGUGGAUGCUCAAGGAUCUCGCCCCUGCCCUGCUCGCGGCCUACAUGGCGAAUCAAGUCGUCUCCUAUGAGAACCGACCAAAGUUCUGGUUUGUCGUGAGCGUCUUGAUGAACAACAUUAUGGUCAUGUCCGACAUGCUGAUUCCGUCCGUGGUACCGAACCACCUCCUCGCCGCUGCUAUCGUCACCUCGACCGUAAAGCAGUCCUCGGCGCUCAUGUACUUUGUGGCGCGCGCCUCGACACUUCAACACUACGCCAUCAACAACAACCUCGCCGAGCUGACGAAGAAGUUCAACUCCUUCGGCAUGGUAUCCUACACAAUCGCGACGGCACUGGGUAUCCUGUACUGCACCUACAUUGCUAGUUUCACGAUGCAGCUCUUCACUGUCGCCGUCUGCUGUGCAGCGAACAUGCUUCUCUCCUCCAGGAUGAUGAUGCCCAUCUCGUUUCGUUUGCUCAACUUCGACACGAUGAAACUUCUGCUGCGCGCCUUUAUCAUGGAGAAGCGUCGCAUCAUGACACCACAGGAGAUAUCCGACCUGCUUGGGGUGCGCAUGCUGCCGUUGCCGGCGCUCAAGAAGGCGGGCAUCGCGCUUGAUGUGGCCACGCACCUCGUGUACAUCAGCCCUCCAGUGGACAAGCUGCUGAUUCGCUCUGACACGCUGGAGGAGGAUGUACUGUAUGUAAAUAACGACCAUACGUUCAUGCUGGCCAUGUGGAAGCCUGCCUUUCUGCCGCUCACGCUACGAGAAUGCUGGGAACGCUACGAGUUUCCCGUGUUGCCGCACUUCUUCCGGAUUGGUAGCUGGCGGCGCCGCUCACAGGAGGUUCUCGACAUGGAGGAGAAAUUCCAUGGCCAGCGUCUGGUGCUCUUGGUGCAUCAGAAGUGCACCGCAAAGCAGCUGAUUACGGCGCAUCUCAUCAUGUACACCGCGGUGCUGCGACACGCAGCCACAGAAGUGAACCUUCGUCGCUUCCUGCGCAAGUGCCAUGGUGAGCAAGAACUUUGGCAAACCCGUGGGGAGGAGUUCAGGAAGAUGCUACAGGCUGCUGGCUGGGACGUCCAGCUGCCGAUCUUGGACCACCACAGCUUCCGCUUGUCGGAGCUCAUUUUGCCGCCCUCCAUGCGCGGAGCGCCGGUGGGCAGAGGAGGUUAG